AUGAAGCCAAGUCACUCCACGAUGUCGGCGUCCUCUUCUUCCGCGACAGAAGAAGUGAUUAAACAACGCAAACGCGAUUCCAGAAAUGAGGAGGGACUUGUCUUAAACGCGAUGAUCUAUUUGCUUGCGGGGGAAGGGUAUUCAGUGACGGUAAUUAAAACAAAGCGCACCACGAACACCAACAAAAUGUUAAUACCCGAGACGAUAACAUCCGACGACGGGCAGAUCUUCACUCAAGAUGACAUUCGACCGAUGAGUGAUGUUCUCUUGAGAAGUUUAGGAUACGAGCCAAUAACACUUCCAGCAACCUCCCCAAAACAAAUCAAACGGAAUCGAGAGGCUCAAAUGAGUAAUGGGGUCUUGUACUUCCUCACUCAUUUGGGCUUUCUCUUCAUGGAGAAAAAGACGAAGAAAGCGAGUGUGACAGAGCGACUUGUUCGAGUGGUGAGUAUUACUAAGGAGAACAUGAUUUACACGAAGGACGAUUUAUUUAACAUCGGCGAGUUCAUCGAAAACUUAAUGGCAGAUGAAUCAACGUCGACCUCGAAAGUCGUGUUCAACGCAGAACUGCUUGCUGCGUACGACGAUCCACUGGCUUCUCAGUACGUCCAGCCACCGACAUAUAUACAACCAACUCCAGUCUACUUCCAACCAACGUUGGUUCAGCCACAGAUCGUCCAACAACCCGUCAACGUUCCUUACAUACAGCAACAACUCAAUGUGGCGCCGAUGUACUGUUAUUCGUAUACACCAGCGUAUUAUGUUCCAUACAAUCAACAACAAUAUUUCAAUAAUGAUCGUCAAGAUAUGUAA